CCCGCCAUGGCCGAGCCCAGCUCCGAGUGCAGCAUCAAGGUCCUGUGCCGGUUCCGGCCCCUCAACCAGGCCGAGAUCCUGCGGGGGGACAAAUUCCUGCCCGUGUUCCAGGGGGACGACAGCGUCGUGGUCGGGGGCAAACCCUACGUCUUCGACCGCGUGUUCCCCCCGAACACCACGCAGGAGCAGGUGUACCAUGCCUGUGCCAUGCAGAUCGUCAAGGAUGUGCUGGCCGGGUACAACGGCACCAUCUUCGCCUACGGGCAGACGUCAUCGGGCAAGACCCACACCAUGGAGGGGAAGCUGCACGACCCCCAGCAGAUGGGGAUCAUCCCCCGCAUCGCCCGCGACAUCUUCAACCACAUCUACUCCAUGGACGAGAACCUGGAGUUCCACAUCAAGGUGUCCUACUUUGAGAUUUACCUGGACAAGAUCCGGGACCUGCUGGACAUGACCAAGACCAACCUGUCUGUGCACGAGGACAAGAACCGCGUGCCCUACGUCAAGGUGAGCAAGACCGGGGCUGAGGGAGCCGUGCUGGACGAGGCCAAAAACAUCAACAAGUCACUGUCGGCGCUGGGCAACGUCAUCUCGGCCCUGGCCGAGGGCACGAAGGCGUACGUGCCCUAUCGCGACAGCAAGAUGACGCGGAUCCUGCAGGACUCCCUGGGCGGCAACUGCCGCACCACCAUGUUCAUCUGCUGCUCCCCCAGCAGCUACAACGACGCCGAGACCAAAUCCACGCUCAUGUUCGGGCAGAGGGCCAAGACCAUCAAGAACACGGCGUCGGUGAACCUGGAGCUCACGGCCGAGCAGUGGAAGAAGAAGUUUGAGAAGGAGAAGGAGAAGAACAAAGCGCUGAGGGAAACGCUGGCACGGCUGGAGGCUGAGCUGAGCCGCUGGCGGAGCGGGGAGGCCGUGCCCGAGACGGAGCAGCUGAACGAGGCCGAGGCAGAAACGGGGCCGGGGGAGGGGACAGGGGAGGGCCAAGGGGGGGCCCCCGAGGAGCCCCCCCUGAACGACAACAGCUCCUCCAUCGUCAUCCACAUCUCGGACGAGGAGCGCCACAAGUACGAGGAGGAGAUCCGCAAGCUCUACAAGCAGCUGGAUGACAAGGAUGACGAGAUCAACCAGCAGAGCCAAAUCAUGGAGAAGCUCAAGCAGCAGAUGCUGGACCAGGAGGAGGUGCUGGCAGCGGCUCGGGGCGGGGGGGAGGCGGCUCGCCGGGAGCUGGCAGCGCUGCGGGCCGAGCACGGCGCGGCGCGGGCCGAGGUCACCGAGGUGCUGGCGGCGCUCGAGGAGCUCGCCCGGAGCUACGACCGCAAGGCCCAGGAGGCCGAGGACACCGGGAGGCACAACCGGAGACUCGCCGAUGAGCUGGCCCGCACCGAGGCCACCACUCUGUCGCUGGAGUCGGAGCUGUCGCGGGCACGGGAGCUCGGGGGGCAGCAGCGGCGCCGCGCGGCCGAGGUGCUGAACGGGCUCCUGCGGGACCUGAGCGAGCUCAGCGCCCUCGUGGGCAGCGGCGACAUCAAACUGCCGGUGGAGGUGAGCGGGGCCAUCGAGGAGGAGUUCGCGGUUGCCCGGCUCUACAUCAGCAAGAUCAAGUCGGAGGUGAAGUCGGUGGUGAAGCGCUGCCGGCAGCUGGAGAACCUGCAGGUGGAAUGUCACCGCAAGCUGGAGGUGACGGGGCGCGAAUUGUCCUCCUGCCAGCUCCUCAUCUCCCAGCACGAGGCCAAGAUCCGCUCGCUGACCGAGUACGCGCAGAGUCUGGAGCUGCGCAAGCGGCACCUGGAGGAGGCGCACGACGCGCUCGGGGAGGAGCUGGCGCGGCUGCAGAGCGCAGAGCUGGAACCCGAGGACAGUGGGGGGCUCCACUCCCAGAAGCAGAAGAUUUCCUUUCUUGAGAACAACCUGGAGCAGCUUACAAAAGUUCACAAACAGCUGGUCCGUGACAAUGCAGACCUGCGCUGUGAGCUUCCGAAGCUGGAGAAGCGGCUGCGCGCUACGGCUGGGCGUGUGCAGGCCCUGGAGGGGGCGCUGAGGGCGGCCAAGGAGGGGGCGCGGCUCGACAAGCGCCGGUACCAGCAGGAGGUGGAGCGGAUCCGCGAGGCCGUGCGGGCCCGGGGGGCGCGGCGGGGACCCGGAGCCCACAUCGGGACACCUGGGCUCAUCACCUUCAUCAUCAUUUUCAUUGUCACCUCCAUCACCGUCAUCUUCAUCAGUGUCACCUUCACUGUCACUUUCAUGAUCGUCGUCAUCCUUGUCACCUUCGUCACUGUCACCUUCACUGUCACCUUCGUCACGGUCCAUCUCCUCAUGGCCAAUGUGUCACACGUGUUCCUGUCGCGUGUCCCUGUCACGUGUCCCCGGGGCUGUCGGGCGCCCCCUAUCGGUUUCCCACGCCCCUGCACGUGUCGCACGCACCGCCCACAGCCUCUGGCGCCCCCUACCGGCCGCGCGGCCCGGCAGGGGCCAGCCCCGCCCAGCUGCUGGCGCCACUUCCGGCUUCCGGUGCCGCUCCGGGGCCUGGCGGAAGCGAUGGAGGGGCGGGACCGGAAACGUCGGGGGCGGGACCGGAAGCGGCGGCGGGGGCGGAAGCGGCGACCAUGGCGGCGGCGGCAGCGGCGGGUCCCUGUACCGGCCCCGGUCCAGGCCCCGGCCCCGGCGCCGCCCGCACGAAGAAGAAGCAGAAGCGCUUCGUGCCGCAGCGCGUGA